GGGGCUGGAGUCGGGGCGGAGGCCGGCGGCCCUGACGGCGUGUGUGCUUUGCAGAUCUUCGAGUGGUGGUACUUCCGCAAGUACGGCACCUCCUUCAUCGAGCAGGUCUCGGUGAGCCACCUGCGCCCCCUGCUGGGCGGGGUGGACAACAGCGCGCCCAGCGCCGCCAGCGCCGCCGGCGGGGACGCGGACUCGAACCGCCAGAGCGUCUCAGAAUGCAAAGUCUGGCGAAAUCCUUUAAAUCUGUUCAGAGGAGCUGAAUAUAAUCGGUAUACAUGGGUUACAGGAAGGGAGCCUUUGACUUACUACGAUAUGAAUCUUUCGGCACAGGACCACCAGACGUUCUUUACGUGUGACACAGAUCAUUUACGGCCUGCAGAUGCUAUAAUGCAAAAAGCCUGGAGAGAGAGAAACCCUCAAGCCCGAAUUUCUGCAGCACAUGAAGCUUUGGAAUUAAAUGAGUGUGCUACUGCUUAUAUUCUCUUAGCUGAAGAGGAAGCAACAACAAUUGUAGAGGCAGAGAAGCUGUUCAAGCAGGCUCUGAAAGCUGGAGAGGGCUGUUACAGGCGCAGUCAGCAGCUACAGCACCAUGGUGCCCAAUAUGAAGCCCAACACAGAAGGGACACCAAUGUGUUAGUAUAUAUUAAAAGAAGGCUGGCAAUGUGUGCAAGGAAGCUGGGAAGGACCAGGGAAGCAGUGAAAAUGAUGAGAGAU